AUGUUCCGAAAAGAUGAUGAAGGCCCUAAGUUAUGGUUUAAUGAGAUAUCGGUUACAAAAUCUAUAGCUGAACGAGAAUUUCAAAAGCAUAAUUAUGAAAUAGCUGCUCAAUACUGUGAAAAAGUAUUGGCGGUGUCCAAGUAUGAUUUAAGCACUAGAAUCCUUCUAAGCAAAUGUCAACAGAACUUGUUUCAACCGAAAUUGGCCUACGAAAAUCAUUUGCUAGCAGAAGCUGAAUUUCCUAAUGAAUUAUCAGUCUUGGAGAACAGAGCAAGUAUAAUGCUAGACAAUGAAGAAUUUGAAGAAAGUCUAAUCACAUAUUUGAACGGAGUAAAAAAAAGGAUUCAGCCAUUAGAUUUUGCAUUGGGAGUUUUAAAGGUAUCAGAAAUAAUAAACGGCUCGACAAAUUUAAGAAAAGAAAAAUAUAGAAAACCUUGUUUGGGAAAUGCAGUUCUUAAGUUGACAAAACUGGGGGGUUUGGAUAACGUAGCAGCCUUGAACUCGAUACUUUCUAAAAUAAAACUUACGUGCAAAAAAAGAAAUCAAUCAUUUUAUCUUGGUCGUUUAGCACAAGACAGAAAGUACUUCGAUAAAGUGCUUAAGUCCGGUGGUCCUAAGCGGCCGUUUUACGUGGCAGAAAAGAAAAUUUUAGGUAACAUGAAACGAGUGGUCGACACACUAGAUGUAGCGUAUGAACAAUUUUAUAAAAGAAAACAGAUUUUUGUCUAUAAAUGUGAUGAGCCUAAACUGAAAGGCGAUAGACUUUUAACCCAAAUAAAUAAUUCAAAACUAAUUAAGAACAUGGGACAUCUUAUGAUUUGUAAAUACUUAAACAUUAUUAUUCAACUGCUAAUAAACAACGAAAUCAAAGAAGCCAAAUUAAAAACCGAGCUUAUGAUAGAGUUCAUGGAGAAAAAAUCUUAUAAAUUCAACAAAAUUUUAGAUGCGAUUUUCCAGAGUUUUGGAAUGGCGCAAUAUAUAUUAUUUCAAAACAUAAAUCGGUGGAGCAUAAAAGAUAAUCAUCAAAGAAUGCUAAUUUUUUUAGGAGCUGCUAAAAAUAACAUGCCACUCCAGGAAUCUUUAUUUGGACCAUUAGAAAUAAAUCCAAGAAUAACUAUAGAUAAAUUAUGCACUCGUUUUGAAAAAUCGGAUUCCAUUAUAGAAAAAAUGUACAUAUAUUAUGAAGAAGCUAAAUGUUACCUACAGUUGGAAUCUGAUGGCCUUAAAAAAGCUCGAAAUAAAGCCACCAAAUGUUUACAAUUAGCUAAAGAAAUUAAUAAUAAUACAUGGACUGUGAAUGCAUUGGUUUUACUCGUAUCGAUUGAAUUUCAAUUAGACGAUAAACCUAAGUGUUGUACCAUAUUACACAAGGCUCUUGAAAUCGCGAAUAAACUCCAAGUGCCGGGAGUCAUAAUGUUUUUAGAUAAGGUAUCUAAAAUGAUUUUCGAAACAAAAGCUGUACACACUUCAAGAAUCGAUAGAAAGAUAACUGAUGUAUUGAAUUUCAUGCCAGACGUUUCAGCAAGAAUGAAUGCGAUGUACAAACUUAAACGGUUAUCCACUAUGCCGAUAAAUCUGUAA